AUGGCCAACGAUCACAUCCUCACCCUGUCAUGCCCCGACAAGUCCGGCAUUGUUUAUGCCGUGACUGGCAUCUUUGCCGACAACAAGCACAACAUUCUCGACCUCCAGCAAUUCUCCGAUCCCGUCUCUGAGCGUUUCUUUAUGCGAGUUCACUUUGGUCCUACCGAGACCGAGUCCACCGAGCACCUUACUGAGGCUUUUGAGAAGCUCGCCGCCGAUUACAAGAUGGAUUACGAGAUUCGUCCCGUCGCCCGCAAGACCCGAGUCCUCAUCAUGGUCUCCAAGAUUGGCCACUGUCUUAAUGAUCUUCUCUUCCGCAUGAAGACUGGUCAACUUCGAAUGGAGGUUCCCGUUAUUGUGUCCAACCACCCCGAAUACGCCGCCCUCGCCGCAAGCUACGGAAUUGAGUUCCACCAUCUCCCCGUGACAAAGGAUACCAAGGCCCAGCAGGAGGGACAAGUUCUCGAGCUCUGCAAGAAGCACGGCAUUGAGCUUAUUGUUCUGGCUCGUUACAUGCAGGUUCUCUCUCCUACAUUGUGCGAGGCCAUGUCUGGACGCAUCAUCAACAUCCACCACAGUUUCUUGCCCUCUUUCAAGGGAGCCAAGCCUUACCAUCAGGCUUACGAGCGUGGUGUCAAGAUUAUCGGUGCUACUGCUCACUUUGUCACUGCUGAUUUGGAUGAGGGUCCUAUUAUUGAGCAGCGCAUUGCCCGUGUUGAUCACGCCAUGAGCCCCAAGGAUUUGUCCGAGGAGGGAUCUAAUGUUGAGAGUCAAGUGCUUGCUGCUGCUGUGCGGUGGUAUGCUGAAAAGAGACUCUUCCUCAACGGUCACAAGACUGUUGUGUUUAACUAG